AUGCUUGAUCUUCUAUUUGGCGACCCCAGUGAAGACGAGCGCAAAGAAGCUUUUGAAGAGUAUCUAUUGCCAAACGGCCGAGCUGUUCAAUUAAAAUUGGUCGGAGAGCACUCCCUUUGGGGACAUAAGUUGUGGAACGCAUCCAAAGUCCUAGCAGAUAAGAUAUAUAAGAAGGAGAUAGACGUCAGUGGGAAGAGGGUUUUAGAGUUGGGCGCGGGAGCGUCUCUCCCGUCUAUAGUGGCAGCGUUAUCUGGGGCCUCAUAUGUGCUCUGUACAGAUUAUCCUGAGGAGGAUAUACUGCAAAAUAUUGUGUACAACGUCCAAACGAAUGGAGUUGACAAUAAGGUGGAUGUGCAAGGACUUUUGUGGUCAGAUAAAAACACAUUAAAGCAGACAUUUCAUCACAUCUUCAUGGCAGAUCUGAUUUUUAACCACAGAGAGCACAAUGCGUUGGCUGCAAUGAUACAGAACUAUCUUGCAGAUGAUGGGCUCUGCCACGUACUGUAUUCUCAUCACGUUCCGACGCGGCGCGACAGAGACUUACGGUUCUUUUCAGUUUGUGCUGCCGCAGGCCUUGUAGUCACUCAGCAGCCUGCUGUUUUUACCGAUCGGAUGUUUCCUGAAGACGAUAAGCAAUUCUCAGAGUACCCACUCGAAUGGAGGCAAUACGUUUAUUACCAAACAAUCACAAAGCCCGGUUUACCUUCAGGGUGA